AUGGUGCGAAGAAGAACAAAUGUCAGGCCCUUGGACGAUUUUAUUUUUUUAACGAAUAAUAUAGUCUCACCUCAAGAAGCUAUCGGAAUAUUUGACAAUACUACUCCUGAACAAUUUCGACAAGCAGCUAUAGAUUUUGCGGGAAACCCUCCCGAGCAAGAAGUUCUCCAAAAAUCCUUUGAUCAAGAUAUCAAAAAUCUCAUUGAUGUCUAUAAAACUGCUGAACAAGCGUAUAAAGAUAUUUAUACUGAACUUUUGUUGGUUGACAGUUAUAAAAUUGGGGGCAAGACAAUCUGGGCUUCUCGGUGGAAAGAUUUAUGGAUGGCCUUUACAGAUCUAAUCACACAGUCGAAAACAGAAGCUGCGUCCAUAUCUGUCUAUGCCAAACGUAACGUCAAGGUGCUUUUUCCAUAUCUGGCUUCCAAUGACCAUACUUUGGAACAGAAAAAUUCACUUAUAAAUCUGACUCUUAAAUCUAUUAGAGAAAGACAAACCAAAACAACAAAAUUUGCCACCGAUUUUAGAUUACAUGAAGCUAAAUUCGUAAAUUUCAAAGCGGACUUUACUAAGUGGGCUGAGGAUAAACAACAAAGUAUUAGUAAACGAAUUGCAAAUACUAAAGCAGAUAUCAAAGAACUUCAAGCAGACAUCGCCAAUUUGACUAGAAAAAUUGUAGGCCUUGGUAUCGCCAUUUCCGUUGUAUCCACGAUUGGUUGUUCUGCAGCCCUUUAUGAUUUGAAGUCUCAGAGAAACGAUCUUCAUGUUAAGAACGCGCAGGCCAUAUCCAAUGAACUGGCUGCUCAAUUAGCAAAUUUUCAUAAACUUGGUGAUUGUUUCACUAGUUUUUGGCAAAAUAUUACCGGCCAACUUGAAAAAUGCCUAGAUCAAGAGUCAUUACUCCAAGAUGAACUCAAUUCACCCUUGGGAAUUCUCCCAGAUGAUAUUGAGUUUACCACAAGAGUCUGGAUCGUGUUGGCUAACUCGCUUGAUUUGUAUAUUCAAGCGUAA